UGAAGUUUUGUGAUAAUAUUAACUAGAACCCAAUCGCGAAUAUAAAGUUGCUGAAAUUUUCACGGCGCCUUCAAUGGCGGACAAUGUGCGUUGGCUUCUCGCACGCACACAAACAAGCGCACUUCGGUGGUGCUGCUACUGCUACUGCUGCUGCUGUCCAGCAUUUCCAACAUUGCCUGCGAUUGUGUUUGAAAAUACAUGCGUACUUGAAAUAUAUAUUUAAAAAGAACAUUUUGGCGGGUCUGCGUUCUGACGAAAUGUAUUCAACGUCCAGCUCCGAAGCGAUAAAACGGAAGAACCACCACAUCUGAGAAAACACAGACGCUCUCUCCUGCCAACUACCUCCUCCUCCUCCCCCUCCCCAGCUAUAGGGCAUCAGUAGUUGAGUGUGUGUGUGUGUGUUAGUAACUUCUCCAGGAACAGGGAUCCGAGAUCGGACACCAGGAUCUGCAUCCAAAACAGACAAAAACAACAUAAUGAGUGGACGCGGCAGCCGCAAGCGCGGUCGUCCGCCAAAGACGCCCAACGAACGGACGUCCGGCCGUUUCGACUACAAGCUUCUCAAGAAGCCCAAGUAUCUCAGCGAGGGAAAGUCGCAGCCGAGCACACCGUCCGCCUCGCGCGGCAUCUCGCCCCAGAGCGACGAGGGCAGCCGGAGCAGUAACAACAAUCACAACCGCAGCAGUCGGGGCAGUGCCGCCUCGAAGCGGGGACGCGGCCGCAAAUCGAAUGUUCAGGCCAACACCAGCAGCUACUCGGGCCGAAAAGGCUAUGAAUCCGAAUACCACUACGGGUCGGACUUUGGUGACUCCGAGGAGGAGAAGUCGGACAACGAGGAUGACAUGCUACUCACGCCCAGCGACGACGAGAGCCUGGACGCCGCCAACGAGAGCGAGUCCGAGUUCUCCGUGUGCAGCUUCAACCAGAACGGCGGCGUCGGUCGUCCGUCACGACCGCCCAGCCCCGAGCCCGUUUGGCUGCAGGAGGGGCGGCAGUACGCGGCUCUCAACCUGCCCGACUCGUCCGAGGACCUAUCCUUACCCAAUACUCACGUCCUGCGCGCCCUCAGUAUUUACGAAGUGCUGCGUCGCUUCCGGCACCUGGUGCGCCUCUCGCCCUUCCGGUUCGAGGACUUUGCCGCCGCAAUGGCCUGCGACGAACAGAGCGCCCUACUGACCGACGUCCACAUAAUGCUGCUGAAGGCGAUCCUGCGCGAGGAGGACGCCCAGGGCACGCACUUCGGGCCGCUGGAUCAGAAGGACACGGUCAAUAUCAGUCUGUACCUCAUUGACGCCAUCACGUGGCCGGAGGUGCUGCGCAGCUACGUGGAGAGCGACAAGUCCUUCGACCGCAACGUCUAUCACAUUCUAAGUCGGACAGAGUAUCCUUAUACCAGCGUGGAGAAUCGGCUGGAGGUGCUUCAGUUCUUGGCGGAUCAGUUCCUGACCGCCAACUCGGUGCGCGACGUUAUGCUCCAGGAGGGGCCCAUACACUACGACGACCAUUGUCGGGUCUGCCAUCGCCUGGGGGAUCUGCUGUGCUGCGAGACCUGUCCUGCCGUCUAUCACCUGGAGUGCGUCGACCCGCCCAUGAACGAUGUGCCCACCGAGGACUGGCAGUGCGGGCUGUGCCGCUCCCACAAGGUCACCGGGGUGGUGGACUGCGUGCUGCCGCAGGAGAAGCAGGGCGUGCUCAUCCGGCACGACAGCCUGGGUGUCGACCGGCAUGGACGACGGUAUUGGUUCAUUGCCCGCCGCAUCUUUGUCGAGGAUCAGACGGACUGCACCUGCUGGUACUACAGCACGACGAGCAAGCUGAAGCUGCUGCUGAAGCGCUUGGACGCGGAGGAGUUGGAACCGCGACUGCACGCCCAGAUAUGCGAGCGCCGGGAGGAGAUCGAGCGCCAAAUGAAGCUGACAGAGACGCUCACCAACGAGCACAAGCACUCCAAGCGCAGCAUCAUCGAGAUGGAACAAGAGGCUACUAACGAGAUACUGGAUAAGGAUGCUGGCGCGGAGGAGGACGACGAGGAGGCCAAGUCCGAUGAGGCGGCCAAGAAGACCGAGGAAACAAAGAUGGUGACGCGCCAGAAAACCACACAGAUGAACAACGGGACGCUGUACUUCAAGCUGGGCAUGGAGCAGGGAUUCAAGAACUAUGUGAACCAGUACUCCAGCAACACCAUCGCCCUGAACAAGCCGCAGCGCAACGAGGAGCGCGACAAGCGCCGCCAUCUCUCCCACAAGUUCUCCCUGACCACCGCCUCGGACUUCAAGUGGAUCGGCAUCACCAUGGGCUCCACGGAGAACAUGAUCACCACCCUCAGACAGACUCUGAUAAGCUUCGAGUCGAACAUAGCGGCCUCCUUCCUCAAUCCCAACUGGGUGAUCAACAAGAAGGUCUGGAAUGCGGCCGUCAUGAAUGCCCGCCGUGCCACCGACUUUGCCGCCGUGCUGAUGCUCUUCCAGGCGUCCCUCAAGAGCGUGGUCUUCGCCAACGUCUGGCACGAGCAGCUGGGCCACACCAGCCUGCAGCGCAUCACCAGCGCCGAGCGGGAGGAGCGCAAAAAGCUGGAGAAGCGCGAGAAGCGUGAACGCGACGACGAGGAGGAGCGCAAUCGCCUGGCCUUCAACUACAUCAAGUACUCGCUGGGCCUCAAGCACCAGGUGUGGAAGCAGAAGGGCGAGGAGUACCGGGUGCACGGCCAGUGGGGAUGGUUGUGGCUCUCGAGCAGCCGGCGCUGCGGAGUGCGUGCCCGUCGCGCCCAGCCGCUGACCCACAACCGGAUCUACGUCCACUACACCAUGGGGGCGGAGGAGGCGGCCGUCAAUGAGAUCGUGCUGGUGGAUCCCCGCACCCAGCUGUUCAUGCAGCAGUGUGAGACGAGCAAUGUGGAUGGCCAGGUGUGCCACUACCUGCCGGAGCAGUACACCAACGUGAAGGUUAUCGAGGACGUCAAGGACAAGGUGAAGGGCCACAUCGAUGUGAGCCGGGCGCUCACGACUCCCGGCCGCACCUACUACCCCAAGGUGGCCCGCAAGAGCCGGCUGGACGAUCUGCUGGAGCGUCGCGUGAAGCUGGCCGAGGUGGAGGAGCAGAUAGCCAGCAAAGUGGCGGCGGACGUCAAGCCACUGGUGAUCUCCGCCCCGAAUCCGGCCAAUGCCCAUCAGACGUACUUGGAGAAGCGCCUGCUCCGCCUCACCGAGGCCGCCGUCAAGGGCGGGCCGGCCAACGUGAACCUGGAGCUGGUCAACUCGCUGGCCAAGCAGAUCCAGACAGUGCGGCUGCAGUUCAGCCAGCUGAACCGCUUCGCCAAGACCUUCGGCUGCUACACGAAGGAGUGCAACACGAACUCCAACGCCGUCUCCCAGAUCACCCAGAACACCUGCUACUCGCCGCUGUGCCUCCAGAAAGCCCGUGCCAAAAAGGAGCUCCUCCUGCUGCUGCGCAAGGCGCACACCGCGGGCAACGGCUCCAAGGAGACGGUCGCCGCCAUUCUGGGCGCUGUUAAGAAGCCCUCGAUUUUGGAACAGAAGCUCACCGAGGGCAAGCGGGAGAGCACUCAGUUGGCGGCCGAUGAAUCGGAGGACGGAAAGGGCCCCGAGUCCGAGGCGCCGCUUGAUCUGCUGCAGGACUGGGAGCAGGCGCGGGCGCAUGCCGUCACCUUCAGCGACCUGUUCCUGAGCGAGUGCCUGCAGCUGGAGACGGACGCCGCCGGCAACCCGAAAAUCAAGGAGGAGGACGAUCCCAGUACCGGCAGCACCACCACGGCCGGCGACUCCAACACGCAGGACUCGGACAAGAUGGACUUCAUCGAGAGCAUGGACGUGUGCAGCAACGUGGAGGUUGAGAGCACCGAGGACUCUAUAGUGGCCGGCCUGAACGCGGCCAGUGGUGCCGCGGCCGAGGACACCGACACGGCGCCGGGGUGGCGGCGAAAGCGCAACCAGAAGUCCAAGAAGGCCUACAUCGGCACCAAGGACGUCCUGGACCAGACCCUGGACAAGGAUAUUCCGCUGAACAAGCAGAACCGAAGGUUCCCCAUCAACGCCCGGCCGAUCAAGCGGGAGCCCGUAAAGAAGUACGAACGGGAGUAUUUCGAGAACGGGUCGGAGCGCGUCUACUCCACCAAGUCGGCGAGCGGCCGGGUCUACCUCAUCAGCGACUCGGCCAAGUUGUACGAGCAGGCGGUGAAGAGCGAGGACAAGUCCACGCCCGUCGUCAAGAAGGCCUCCUACUCCCGCUAUCCGCUCAUCUCGAACUUCCUCACCCACAAGAAGAAGCGCAGCCUUCUCGUCCUGCCGCGCUACGAGCUGUUGAAGCUGGCCCGGCUCGGCGGCAAGUCAACAGCCAAUGGCUUCCACCACGGGGCCAAGAACAACUCCAUCUGGCAGUACCAGUGCUCGCGUCCGCUCUUCCGGACGUGCUGGGCCUAUCGCACCUCCAACGCCACCACCCUGUCCAGCCUGGCCCUGCAGCUGCGCAUCCUGUGGACGUGCCUGCGCUGGGACGACAUGAUCGCGAAGCCGCCGUCCACGGAUGGCAAGCAUCAGGUGACGACGGACACCGAGAUCGUGACGCUGGAGUUACUGAAGCUUCGCCACGCCGGCCGCUAUGGCGAGAAGACCAGCUACUUGCGUCGAAAGGUUGUCAUUCCACUGGAGAUGCCAAAGACCAUAAGAGAAGUCACAUCCAUCCGCUCUGGCUUGCGGAAACGGAAGCGGGCUGAGUCUCCCCAGCCUACGGAGCCCCAGAUCAGCGAGGAGUGGGUCGAGGAGGACAAGCUGGAACUCUGGGAGAUCAAGUUCAUGGGCGAGAAGCAGGAGAAGGCGCGCCUCUCGACCGUGACGCGAUCGGUGGCUUCCCGCCAACUGGAGGCCAGUGGCGGCAGUCUGGCGGGCACUUCCACCAAUGGCACCACCAUCGGAGUGGGCGGACGCAUCCAGCUGGCGCCCAAGACCAGCGAGGACGUCAAGGAGAAGAUGGAGCAGCAACUGAAGCUGCAACGGGCCGUGCAUCAGCAGCGCAAGGUGGUCGGUGCGGGCGACAUUACUCGUUCAGUGACUCCGGUUAAGGGACAGGUCAUUGGAAGCCGGCGGGUCAUAGUCAAGAAUCCGGACGGCACGACGCGGAUCAUUCAGCAGGCGGUGACGCAGGUGGCGCGGUCUUCGGCGGCGGGAAAUUCGGCCACGGCCACAUCCUCGCCCACUGUUUCCAACGCCUCCAGCACGCAGACUAACCCGUCCUCCACUCCCCACAAGGUGCAGAUCAUACGGGGGCCGGACGGCAAGGUGAGCGUGCGUGGCCUGAAUCCCGGGCAGCAGCUGGUCCAGAUGCCGGACGGCAAGCUGCACGUCCUGACCACCACACCCGCCUCCAAUGCCAACACGCCAGGAAACAAAGUGAACAAGGUCAUCAAGACGGUAUCUGCGACGUCGUCGCCGGCGGUGUCAGGUGCUACUGCAGCUACAUCGGCCUCCGGAACUCCUGUGAUCAAGCAGAUCGCGGUGAAGCACGUGGCCAAGACGCCCGGGGCUCAGGCCAUAGCCACGUCGCAGCGGGUGGCGCUGCCGAUCGCACAAAUCAAGAACAAGUUGCUGCUGGCCCAACAGCAACAGUCGUCCGCCUCCACGUCCGGCACAUCGUCGCCGGCGGUGCAGAAGAUAGUGUCCAAGGUGGUGAGCACGACGCCGGGCCAGAACCUGCAGCAGGUGUUCCAGGUGCAGUCCGGCUCGAAGCUGGUGGUGGGUCAGAAUGCCCAGGGCCAGAAGGUAAUCAUAUCCACCUCGUCGGCGCAACAACAGGUCGCGUCGCCGGUGCAACAGCAGCAGCAGCAGCAGAUCGUGCAGACGCAAGUCCUGGCCCAGCCGGUCCAGCAGUCGCCCCAGCAGCAGACCCAACAGAUCUCAGUCAACCAGGUAGGAGCUCAGCCAACACAAAAGGUAAUCCAACAAAUCGUCAACACCAGUAACGUACAACAGCAGAUAGUGUUGGGCGGCCAGCGGAUUAUCCUGAGUCCCGGCCAGACAAUAGUGACCCAAAGGAAUGUGCCCCAGAGUCAAGCACUCCAAAUGGUCCAGCAGCAGAUUCAGACCCAACAGCAGCAGCAGCAACAACAGCAGCAGGUGGUGGCCCAGCCCCAGCAGCAGUUUGUUGUCCAAACGAAUCAGGUCGUCUCCUCGCCCAGCACCCAGACCAAGUUGGUCAAGCAGCUGGUGGUGCAGCAGCAGCAGGCUGUCCAGCCGGCGGCGGAGGAGAAGCCGCAGGUCAAUAGCACUGGCGAGGCGGGGGAGACUGCCAUGCAGCAGGUUCUGGUGCCCAACUCGACGCUGGCCCAGCAGCUGGCGCAGGGCAAGCUCCAGGUGGCCACCGUCAAUGGUCAGCAAGUUAUCGUGAAGCCACUGGGCAACAACCAGGCGCAGAUUGUGGCCCACAUCAAACACCAGGGCGAUGGCAACGCACACAUCGUGACCAACAACGCCGCCCCGCAGGCCAGUCCCCAGAACUCGCCCGUCAAGCAACAGCAGCAGCAGCAGACCAUCACUGCCCAGAGCCCCCAACAGCAGGUGGUCAUCCAGCAGCAACAACAGCAGAUCGCACAGCCGGCGGCCACCAACUUCGACUGCAGUAGCUCGUCCGUGGUGGCGCAGGCUGUCACCGGCCAGACGCCGGCCAUGAGUGUGGAGGAGAGUCUGCUGCAGAACCAGCCGCCGGGAACAGUGAUUAAGUGCGUCACCGCCCAGGUGCUGCAGACGGAGCACGGGCCGCGCAUCGUUCUCCAGGGUCUGGUGGGCAACGACUUUACCGCGCAGCAGCUGCAGCUGGUGCAGACGCAGGUGAAGCAGCAGCUGAUGAAGGCCCAAGAAUCGAACGGCAAGCUAGGCGUGCUCGGGCCAACCAAGAUAUAUUUGGCCGUGCAGCCGGAAACCACCAACCAGUCGCAACCACCCCCGCUAACCCCAGUCCACCAGUCAGCCGCGCACCAACAAGUUGGUGGCAGUGGCGACAUGGCCAGUACCAGUCCCAGUCCCAAUGCCGACUAUAUGCAAGAUCUUGAGCAAGAGGCGGAUGAAGACGACGAUGAUGAUGAUGAUGAGGAGGUGGAGGAGGAGGAGGAGGACGACGAUGAGAUCAUUGUCGUCUGCAGUCCCCCAAAGCCACAAGUCACAUCUGCUUCCCCAUCUCCCAUCCCAGAUCCAUCCCCAUCUCCCAAAUCAUUUCCAUCCCCCAAGACAUCCUCUCCAUCUCCCAAAGAAAGCCACACCACCAACAGUAGUUUUCUAGUUAAAGAUCAAGACCAAGACAAUGACCAUAACGAACAACAUCGCCUAGAAUAUGAAAGUGAAGACCUUAAACGAUGUUCAUUGCAGACCAACAUCGACAGCGACGCCGCUGCGCUAACAACCACAUACGAAGCCAGUCCAACCAUUAGAAUUAAUUCAAUAAACAGUGCCGUGAGCAGUGAGCAGGAGCAUAGUACAAGUGCACAAACUGACAAAACUAAUAUAACCAUUAACCACAAGCCUUCUGUCGGUACUCCUCCCCUGUUAGAGGGCCUAGAACCCAACGAGUCAAUGGCAGUAGAAGAUCAUAACGCAUCGGCAACCGGACCGGCAGACGGAGAGGCGGGAUUAGAGGAGGAUAAGCAGGGCGACGGCGACGGCGAGGGCGAUGGUGACGGCUUUGUUGUCACCAGCGGUUACAUACAAGAAUCUAUCAACAAUGCUCUCAAGCAGGGCAAUCUCAGCCCGGAACUUGAGGAGAAACUCGUCAACAUGCGAAAGCAUCAACAAGACCAACAGGACGACUGGGAGCUCUCUUCGAGGGGAAGUGCCACCGAUGACGGCAUCACCCCCAGUCGCAGGCGCACUAUAUCACGCCAGCAGAACGAUGACACGGAGUGGAAAGUUCGAGCUCCGUCCCGGCGUCCAAAUGCGAUGACCACCAGCAACCAAUUCAAUAGAACCAUCAAGAAGACUCGCAGGCAGACCGAGGAGGUGUCAGAUCUGGGAGAGCCCAAGCAAACGCAGUUGGAUCGCCACAAGGAAAUGCUCAAGAAGACCAUUUUGCGCAAGAGGUCGCUGCUAGAGAGGAAUCUCCAAAACGAGAUACGCGACGAGGUGCAGACCAAAGUGCAGCGCCACGUUCGUCCCAUGAGUGUGGCUUCGCCGGACGAGCACAGCGAAAACGAGCGUAGCUUCUCCGAUCGACGUUCCGAGUCAAACUCGGAAUUAAAAAGGUCGGAGCCCAAUGCCCAAAACAGCAGGAUUGGAGUGGGUAGGCCCAAGAAAAUGAUACGGAAAAAGGAGAAAUUGUACUGCGUUUGCCGCACGCCAUAUGAUGACACAAAGUUCUAUGUGGGCUGCGACUUGUGCAGCAAUUGGUUCCACGGCGAUUGUGUAAAUAUUAGCGAGGAGGCCUCAAAAAAACUCUCGGAAUUCAUUUGCACCGAUUGCAAGAAGGCCAGGGAGACCCAACAGCUCUACUGCAGCUGUCGCCAGCCGUACGAUGAGUCGCAGUUCUAUAUAUGCUGUGACAAGUGCCAGGACUGGUUCCACGGCCGGUGCGUCGGUAUCCUGCAGAGCGAGGCCGAGUUCAUAGAUGAGUACGUCUGCCCGGAGUGCCAGAGGAAGACGGAUGCCAAUGCUGCCAACAUGAAGAUCCUCACAUCCAAUGAGAUUGACGAGCUGAAGAUUGUAAUCAAGGCAAUCCAGUCGCAUAAAAGUGCUUGGCCAUUUAUGGAGCCGGUUGAUCCGGAUGAAGCACCCGACUACUACAAAGUAAUUAAAGAGCCAAUGGAUCUCAAACAGAUGGAAAGUAAACUCGAAUCGAAUGCCUACACCAAGUUAGCCGAAUUUAUUGGCGAUAUGACUAAAAUCUUUGACAACUGCCGCUACUACAACCCAAAAGAAUCAUCCUUUUACAAAUGUGCCGAGGCACUGGAGUCGUACUUUGUGCAAAAAAUCAAAACUUUCCGCGAAAACGUUUUGGGCCAAAGUAAUUAAGACAUCUAAUAUUAGAUAAGCCAUUAUCCUAUAAGUAACUACAGUCUAGUUCGUAUAUCAUUGAAGCAUCUAACACAUUGCGUGAAACAUUUUCCCUUUUUUUAUGUUUUAUAUUUGCAAACAAUCAUUUUUUUGUUACACACUCACAUUCUGUAUCAAAUUAAAGGAAAAAUGGAAAGCAAGUUAUUCUUAUUAGGGAUCCCCCUUAUAUAUGUAUAUAUAAACAAUACUGAGAAUAAUAUGAAUUUGACAUGCAAAUCCGUGUAAGAUACUUCCACAAUGCAAAUGGAUGCCACUUAGUUUAGAGGACUUCUGAGAAAAAACAACCUAAUUUGUACUAAUCUUUGUACAGCCGAUUAAAAUGUAAAUAAACCCUUAUGCAUUUGUUUUGA